AUUAUUGUAAUGCCAAAGUAUUGGACUUUUCUGUUGAACUUUUCUAAAGAGAACAGUUUGGUAUUUGCACUGAUUUUUGUUUAUCUGUUUUUAUUAUAGAAUAUGGUGGCCUAUGUUUGUAUUGUUCUUUUAUGCUUUAGCCCCAGUACCCACUAUUAUAGCCAAACGGUUUAGUGAAGACUUUUCUUCCAAUGGUUCAAAUGUCAUGAAAGAGACUGCAAUGUUUUUCACUGCUGGAAUUGUGAUCUCAGCAUUUGGUCUUCCAUUGGUUCUUGCACAUACUGAAAUUAUAAAAUGGGGAGCCUUUGCCUUGGUGUCUUCUGGAAACGUCUUCAUCUUCUUUACUAUACUGGCAUAUUUUCUUGUUUUCUCUGGUGAAGAUGACUGGGGAUUUUGAAGAGAAAAGCUACAGUCUGCAACUUCCAUUUCUUCCAGAGGAUAAUAGUAAUUCUAAUUCUAAUUGUUUUGUACAGUCUUUCUUCUAAAUAAGUUUACUGAAAUAUGCAACUUUUUAUAAAUUAUUAAUUCCUGGUGUUUUUGAAGGUAUACACUCUACAAGAGUGUGAUUAUAAUUGUGCAUUAUACAUCUAAUGUUUUCUGUUCAAUG